ACUGUUUAUCUAUCAAUGUCCUCCGCUAUCGUCCCCUUAUUUCCCUUUAGUUGCCGGGGUAAAGGGAGUGAACGCUGUCUCAGUAUACUGUACGUCCCCAUCUAACUUCCAGGAUUUUGGACAGAAAUGUCGGAGAACGAUGCCGCUAAAGGGCAGAAGGGAGCCCCCGAAAAGGGCUACAGAACACCCGGACUGAGAGGAGUACAAACCACAACACUCUUCCGAGCUGUAAAUCCAGAACUCUUCAUAAAACCUAAUAAACCGGUGAUGAUCUUUGGGCUGGUGACGAUCACGUUGUGUGUAGGCUACCUGGGCUAUCUGCAUGCGGUCAAGGAGAACGGUGAGCAGCUGUAUGAAGCUAUCGACAGUGAAGGAGAGAGGUACACGAGACGGAAGAGCUCCAAGUGGGACUAAUUAUCUGUAUUGCCGCCCCCCCCCCGAACCCCCCUCCUUGAGGACAGAAAUGUUUUCACACACCCCCUCACACAGUGUACAAACCACUGUAUGUGCUGCUGCCACCUAGUGACUGGAGGCUUGUUAUCGUUCAAGGAUUACGGCAGUGGUACACUUCACUUGUCCAGCGUCCCAUAUGCAAUUGGAAGCCCCCCCCCCACCCCCCCCCAAGAGGGGCCCGGCCCACUAUUUGAGAAGUACUGGACUAAAGCAGUCUACGCCCUGGGAUGCUGUCCACAUUUUUUUCAGAUUAGCGUAUAAAUAAAAAGGAUUUUUUGUUUGUUCAUUCACAUAAAUUCCCAUCAUUGACGUUUAUUGACAUGUGAGAACUGCAUGGUGAAAGUUGAAAAAAAAAAAUUUUCUAAUGAGAUGGUAGAGUUGUAAAAUAAAAUGAAAAGACCUACAAACCCACAUUACAAACUCCAGUUCUAGUAAUUCUACAUAUACUGUAUGUUUAUUGUUUGACAAUUACGUUUUUUUUUUCCUAGUGUUUAUUCGCAUGGACAACUGCUAUAAAUCAUUGUUUCCCAAAGACUGGGUCGUGACCCUCAGGUGGUCGUCUCGCAUCGUGUUUCCCAGGAGUUUACGAAUAAUGUCUUCUGACUUGGAUCGCGAACGUUUGUGAAUAUUUAAAAUAUGGUUCCCCAGAAAAAAAGUUUGGGAAACACUGCUAUAAAUGACGGUUGUAAUUAA